CGGCGCUCACGCGCUCCCCGGCUCUCAUUCUCUAGAAGAUGGCGGACUGCGUUUCGCUGUUAGAUGAGGAGCUCUCUUCCUUCGUCUUCAAUUACCUGACAGAAAACUCCGGGAGCCCGUAUGGGGAAGAGGAGGUGUGCUCCGACCGUCUGGACACCGAUUUCCCCGACUUCGACCUCUCUCAGCUGGACGCCAGCGACUUUGACUCAGUGAACUGCCUCAACGAGCUGCACUGGUACAAUGACCACUCAGGCAGCUCCCCCGCCUCCAUACAGUACAGCGCAGGGGACGCCGAGCUCUUCGAGACGGAAGAGGAGAACGCGGCGCUGCUCGCCGCCCUCACAGACAGCCUGGAUGGCAUUGUGGAGGACGGGGUGGGGGGGUUCUCCGUGUUCUCCUCACUGGGCGAAGACCCUGAGGAGGAAGAGGAGGAGGAAGAGGAUGACGAGCUCCUUUUGGAAAGUGAGCCUGUCCAAGGCUCGCUGAGCCCAGAGACAGAAGACCCGUCUCUACUGAAAAAGCUCCUGUUGUCCCCCCCGAAUGCGCCCGUGGGUCUGGACUCGAACAGAUUAAACAGCGCGCUCAGUAAGACUCAGCAACUCAAGUCUACUCGUCCUCUCCUAAAGAGGGACAGAACAUGCACGGUGGAGAGGAAGCCGCGGCCGUUCAGGCCUCUCGGUCAUCUCUGCACUGAGCUGCAACGCCACCUCACCCAGGAGACCAACACCGAGGACACACCUACUGCUGAAACCGAGGAGGAGGAAGAUGAGGAAGAUGAGGACAGUGACUCGGAGGAUGAAGAAGCGGAGGAUGAAGAGGAGGAGGAGUCUUCAUCCAGCAGUGAGGUGGAGAGCGCCGUGUGUGCCGAGCCACCCGAGCCUCAGUUCCCCUCGGAGAAGGAGCGCCACUCCGUGGUGGAGCUGAUCCGCUACAUGCACACGUACUGCGUACCAUCGCGCAAGCAGGCCACCUGGGACCGCAAGGAGCGCGAGAACCUGGCGCGCAAGACCAAGCCUGAAAACCCUGCAGUCUCUCGUAAUGCCACCCCCAUCUGUCCUAAACCUGCCCCACAACCCACCACCAUCGCCAGUAGAGGAACUAAACCCAAGAUACCCUUUGUUCGGCGCCGAGAAACUAAAGCGCACUCCCUGCUUAAGGAGCUGCUCGAGGCUGUCGCUUCCUAUGACGUGAGCAAGCCUUACAGGCUGCACAGCCCCCCGUAUAGCCACAGCAGGACCACAGCAGCCUGGCCCAAAGCUGAGCACAAGGACACAAACGUCGUCGAAGGAUCUCAGGUGGCUGCCAAGCGGCCAAAAUGCCCCGAAGUAGACGAGGGCUCAUUUUCGGUGCGCCGCUCCCGCCGAUUAGCCUCCUUCCCAAGCCGGUUUGCAAAAAGACCACGUUCGCAUGGACACUCCAGUGAGGACGAGAACCCGGUGCACCACCCUGUCAUGGAUUCUCCAGCUGAAGACAACAGUGAGAAAGCAGACUCACAGAAAAGCCCUGAAACCCCGAACCUCUGCUGUAAUGACGAGAAGCGUGCCUGCCUCUGCCUGCCGCUGACUCCUAAAUCCGCAGGAGAUCCAAGCAGGCCCUUCGAGCAGACUCUGUGCGUGGAACUGUGCGGCACUGCAGGACUCACUCCGCCCACAACGCCGCCCCACAAACCCGUCGAGGAGGAGCUCUUCAAGCCAGAGGGCAAAGCCGACCUCCCCGGCAAGGGCUUGUGCGCGGUUCGGACGCACCUGCGGAAGCUUCCGGAGCAAACCGAGCUGUACGCGCAGCUGCGCAGCAUGGGUCCAACAGGUGAAAUCCAGAGCAAGAGCGCCUACAGAGACCACGACUACUGCAUGCUAAACUUGGGGGAGAGCCAAAAACGCAUUGCCGCCAUCCUCCCGGGGCCCGUCUGCUACACUAAAGCCGAGGAGAGAGAGGAGGACAAGAUGGACGAGAGGGACGGUCAAGGGGAGACGGAGGCCCAACAGUCCGAUUUGUCCCCGGACCUCUCCCUCCGCCAACCUGUGGAGACAGGACAGCCCUCGCCUGCCUGCUCACCCACUCCUGAGGCGGAUGCUGAGUGCCCAGACUCAUGCCAGCCACCGUCACCCUGCCAUCAAAUCAACCUCAGCUGUGAGAGCCACUGUGACAAGCAGAGCAAUAACACUACACAUGGACAAGAGGAGGAUGGGGACAAGUGCCAAGUAUUGUACAUUCACAAUCUGCCGAGCGGCGUCACGCAGGCUGUCCUGCGCAAGCGCUUCAAGGCCUUCGGCGACCCAGAUGACUUGCGGGUGCUCAUCAAAAACGAGGAGCGCUGUGGAGUCAUCACUUUCCGGCAGAAUCAGAACGAGCUGAGUCAGAAGCACAGGCGCCAUGACUCCGUGGGUCAGUACGCAGGAAAUGGCAGUCGGAGGUUCAGCAGGAAGCGAUACAUAGAUCUGGAUGAGGCAGGACCAGGUCCAGUGAAGAGCAAGUACGACGCUCUGGACUUUGACACUUUGCUUAAGGAGGCCCAGAGGAGUCUACACCGUUGAUACGCCUUACUGACAGCUCAGCGAUCCUCGCUCCUGAGCCACCUCUCGACCUCAGCCCAGACUCCACACCUCAUGUUUACAUUUUUGAACGUUGAAUUCGGGAAAAAAAAAAAAUGUUUAAAAAAAAACAAAAAAACUAGACCUCGGACCUUCUUAUUGAGGCUGGAGCGCUGCUGAGGCACGAGGACGAAAGCAGAGAAAUGAAACAACAAAAGAAAGAAGUGAGAAAGACGUCGAACACUAGCGGUCUCCUCCGAGCGGCCCUGGCUUCCUGUAGCAAUCCCUUGCUCUCUCCGUUUGGUCGUCGUGACGUCUGUGCGUGUGUUGCUUUUCUCGCUUCGUUUUUUUUUUUUUUUUUGUAACCUUUUGUCACUUUUUCGGUGGAACUGCAGCUUUCACCGUUUUUUGUCGUACAAGUAUGUAAAUGAUAUUUGCUUUAUAUUAGCAAAACCUUGUGGAUGUUCAACUGUGUGUUACAAUGACAAAAAAGUGUGUUUUUUGGAUGGGUGGGGAGGGGGGGCAACAACAACAACAACAAACUCCUUACAACGUAGAGUUUACAAAUCGAAAUGGAUCGGAAAAAAAAUCUGUCUUUUUUUUGUCAUUUUAGUGCUUCCUUAUUUCAUCUAUGCACUCAAACGAGGUAGCGCUUGUGGGGGUUUCUUGCCUCUCCCCUCCGUCUAUGGCUGGGUUCUUGCUGCUGGCUGCCACAUAUAACAAGCAAUGGAGCCCGAAGACCUGACCAACUUUACUGUAUUACUACUACUACUACUACUACUACUACUACUACUGCACCGUUCACAUUUACCCGUCGUAUCCACAAUGCUCUCAGCGUGUCAGGUACUAGGUAUGCAAUCAAUGCACUUAGAUACAAAGUGUCCUGUUUAGAAUCAAGAGGAAAAAAAAGCAUUACGUUAGUAAAGUCUGCCAAAAAAAAGCAACAAAAAAAAAAAGAGAGAAUAUGAAUGUUGAUCAAUAUCUGCUAGUAAAUCAUCCCAUCAACUCAAUAGCCAUCGGAAUAUGAUGAGUGUCUACGGGUAGAGAGGAGGGCCGUGGAAAUUCGGGAGGAGGUUCUUUUCAAAGCUCAAUCCCCCGAAGAGAUACCAGAGCGGUAUCUCCGUUGUUUACAUCUCCCUCUCUCACAUGCUUUCUCUAUACUCAGUUUUUUUCUACUCUCUCCUAUCGAAUAGGGGAAGGUCUUCGGGUUUUUCUAGCUCUUGCCUCGUACUUUAAACUCUUAACCGUUUUUUCUCUCCGUCUGUGUUUGGAGUGUAACAGUGUAUCCCGCCUGUAUCCGACUGUGCCGUCCGUCUCUGUGUUUUUCUCCAGGUUCUGGGAUAAGCUCGACCCUCAGUUUCACGAAGCUGGGAGACACUCGCGUGUUAGUUGUUUUUUUUAUAUGAGUCUAUCCUGGAGAUCCUGUCUAGUGGAGCCAUGUGCUUUUAAAUGUGUGGGUGUGUGGGUCUUUCUUAUGCAUGAUCCCUGCCUCACCUGUUUGAACCAAUCACCUCCUCAGUAACACACCAGGAAACCGAAUGUUUACAUCAACCCGAAUCCUCCUUUCGACUUCAAUCGAGCGCACACUAAGUACAACACGCCUUAUUCAGCGUUAAGGCUAACUCUAUCAGGAUGUGCCUUUUCGGCCAACCCUAGAUAAUCGUUCGUACACACUUUUUCGUAAUACCCACAUCGUUUAAAAUUCUGAAUUAAGUUACAGAGAAAAAAAAAAAAAAGAAUGAGUGUUUGUUCUUAGUAUGUAUACUACUGAAGGAGGAUAAUGUGCUGUUUACAUGACUAUAUAUAGAUCUAUAUAUACAUAGGUAUAUAAUCUGUACAUAGCCCUGUGUCUAAUGUAAACAUGACUCGUAUACAGUUGUGUAUUGUACAGCGACGUGUUCACGUGUGUUUCAAAAGAAAAAAGAAGAAAGAAAAAAAAAAACAGGUGUCAGGGUGUCUACUCGGGUGAAGGCGUGUUAAUGGCGCAAGCACGUGACGAGAAUUCCGGUUUGAGCAAUACAGGGGAGCACGAAGAGGGACGCGGCUUCUAAAAGUCAAACUCUGUUGUACAAAGUAUCCCUUUAGAAGAAGACGAACUAUUUUUUGUUCUUUCUUGCUUUUUUAAUUAUAGUACUGAUUUAAAAAAAAAAAAAAGAUUUAAGAUGCAAUACGUGUUACUCCUGAGUGAAGGGAUUUAUUCAGAAAAUGAUUUCUUCGAGAUGAGAUCCUGUCCCGUACGCAGACUGAGAACUGGACUAACAGCUUCUCAUUCAUAAUCUGCAAGACUUUGAGUGUAGUGUAUAUAAUAUCACCACCAAAUCUCUCUCACACUGUAGUGAACUGGUAUGCGAGUAUAGUGCAAGCGUAUGUCUUAGGACUAUCGGAGGGAGAGGAUUAUUGGUCUGUACUCAGACAGUUUAACAGGUCACGGGAAGGACAGUCCCGUUAAGAGAGCCUUAAACCAAUAAGAGGGAAAACAGGUAUUAAGUUUUUAUUAAUAAUCUCUAUCGUCCUUUAAAAGUCCAAUCUGUUUUCUUAAGUGAACUUUUUUCAAUACAGCCAUACAAAAAGAUAUAUAGAGUACAUAUAUAUAAAUCUAUAUGUAUUUGUGUUGGUGUAGAUAAAUAUAUAUAAUAUAUAUAUAUAUAUAUAUAUACAUAGAAAAUAUAAUUUCUUAUAGAAUUUUGACCAUUUAUUCAGCUUUUGAAAGCACUUCAAUACGUUUCAGCAUACGGUGUGAAUCUAGAAUGUAUAGCCGGAGGUAAUCCAAAUGAAAGGGAAAGAAAAAAGAAAAAAAAAAACUCCCAAAGGGAACCCUCUUUAAAUGCAAUACAUCUCCAUUUUAGCAAUCACUAUUUGACCAAAAAGUAUACUUAAUGUGUGUAUAGGUUAAAGUGCAGUACCACAUUGAAACGUCUGAGUGAAUGGCAGGACUUGGUGUGUAUGAGAGCAAGUGUGUGAGUGCAUCUGUGUUUUCAUUGCUACAGUAAGAAAUUAAAGGAAAGAAAGAAAAAUCAUCUUUCGUAACCGUUUUUGUAACCACGUCAUUUUCUUUAAUCUGAAAAUUUCACAAUGUUGGAAAACAUUUGUUCACUGAUUGUUUCAUCAGAAACAAAACAAAAUUUAUAUACUUUACAUAACGACCAUAAAUGUAAAAAUCCAGUCCUGUUUUUUUUUUGUAUUUGUUCGGCUCCUGAGCUAACGGAGCUUCUGAUGUCUUUGUGGGUUCAUGAAGCCAGUGAUGGUUGUAGAUUUGCUGCUUCAGUAUCGUGUGUUUGGUGGAACUGAAAUCAGCAUCAAAGGGCAUACAUUGAUUUCCUUGUUGUUUCAUUUCUCUUGAUUUCUUUGAUCUUUUUUUUUUGUUUGUUUGUCUUUACAUCUAAUGACUAUCAAACUCACUAUGAUUUGACUUUUUUAAUGUAGUUUUUUUGGUAUAUGGUAAAUACUUCUAGUAAGAUUUUAUAUUUUUACAUAUAUUGGUUUUGAUUUUUUUUGUUUGUUUGUUUUUUGAGGUUUGUUUGUUUUUUUUAUUUAUAUGCCACUUAGCUUGAAUGUCUUUUAAAUGUGUUUUUUUUUUUCCUUCUUUGUAUUGUGUGAUUUCAUGUCUUGAGAAUGGAGACAAAUGCAUUUCAGUAUUUUUGAAUUGUUGAAAUCUAGUUUCCCAGAUUAUCUAUAUGGUGGAAAUGAUCUGAUGCUAUAAAUUAUAUUUUAAUUCAUGUAAAUAGUUGGGAGGGGAAAAAAAGAUGACGGCUUCCUUUUAAACGGAAUACAUUUCUCUUCUGAGAUUGUUUACAUUAUUAAACUGUAGAAACUGAUCCUCGUAUACUAUUAAAAAAAAACAACAACAGAAAAACAUACAUAUAUUCAUUGAUUUGGCUCCAGACAAUAAAACGUCCUAAUGAACACUGACAA